AUGCGGCUCCUUUGCCUUCACUGUGGGAGCAGGCUGGGGCCUGAGAUUUCAGGGCGUCAGCACCAGCAGCUGCAGUUCAAAGAUGCCCCGGAGGCUGAGCAGCCUGGUGUGGGGCAGGUCGGAGCUCAGCCCAGAGCCCCAGUGCGGCGGGAAAGGAGUCGAUCCCAGACGGGCCGUUCGCGGGAGACGUGUCCCAGGGGGAAUCACAAACCCUGCCCAGAAGCAGCUGGGACCCAGGGACAUUUCAAUGGGGAGGGGCCCAGCCAAGCGCAGGGCCUGGAUUCAGCCAGCCCUGACCAGGCAGUUUCCAUCCCGUCCCUCUGGGGUCCCCGGCCCGGAGUCGCUUGUCCCCGGCCCAGGGAGAGGGGGGCAGAUUCCCAGUGUCAGGGCCCCUCUGAUCCCUUCUCUCUGCCACGGCCCCUCCCUGCCAGAGGAGUGAGCUGCCCCUUGGGCUGGGCCGAGACCUCAAGGCUGCUCCCCACUCAGAGCCGGGCGCCCCAGGAGGCAGGAGAGUCCCUGAGUCACUGCCCAGCUGGGGCAGAUUCUGUCCCUGACGCCAUCGACCCCCCCAGGGCCGAGCUCUGCCCCUCAUGCUCUGAUUCUCCCCCAGCCAAUGUGACUCUGGAUCCAGACACCGCAUAUCCCUGGUUCGUCCUGUUGGGGGAUGGGAAACGUGUGAGAUGGACAUGGACACGGCAGCCACGGCCCGACACCCUGGAGAGAUUUGACUAUGUGCCCUGUGUGCUGGGCAGUGAGGGCUUCACCUCGGGGAGACAUUACUGGGAGGUGGAGGUGGAGGUGGGGGGUGGGCGAUGGGCUAUGGGGGUGGCCAGAGAGUCUGUGAGCAGGAAGGGAGAGAUCAGCCUGAGCCCCAAGGGUGGAAUCUGGGCUGUGGGGCAGUGGGGGGAUCAGUUCCAGGCUCUCACUGACCCUGUGACUCCCCUGCCCCUGAGCCCCCCCAGCAGGAUCCAGGUUUGUCUGGACUGUGACCGGGGGCAGGUGACAUUUAUCGAUGCUGGAACCGAGGCCCCGAUCUUCACUUUCCCGCCAGGCUCCCUCCCCGGGGAGAGAAUCCGACCCUGGCUCUGGGUGAGGGACAGAUCACUCCAGCUCCGACUGUCUCCCUGACACCAGCCCCUCUUGCCUCACACACCCCAGUCUGGAGGACUCCCCUCUACCCUGCCGCUGUCUCCUCAUCUCUAUGAUUCCUGAAACCUCUCCCCCUCCCUCGCAGAUCCAGAGAAGGGAGGUGGAGGAAACCUACUGCAGCCCCAGGGAGUAGACAGGCCCUGAAGGACAGAAGUAAAGGCUGGGCAGGGGCAGACAUAACAUCCAGGCUGGGGAAGCCGGAGUGGGGUCUUCGCUGGGGACAGGCGGAGGUGGGGGCCAGGCUGGGGACAGGCGGAGGUGGGGGUGGCAGGACACAGAAUUAACUCAUCAGGGUUGGGGGAAGCUGGAGGCUCUGCAGCAGCAGGAGGCGAUUUGCAGAGAUCUGGGUCCAUUGGGACAGCCAGAGGAGAAGGGAUAAAAUCAGGAGAAACAACGGGACCAAAUCAGAGGCCCAACCUCUGCCCCAAUCUUGGGGUCCCCGGGCACAUUCUUGGGGGGUGGUCCUCUAGGCCCUGCCUGAGCUGUGUCCCCCUGGUGCCAAUCUGACCCUUCAGAGUCCCACAUGCUGAAACCCCGCUCCCAUCUCCCAGAGCUCCAGGCCAAGGUGAUCUCUCUCCGGAGACACGCACAGACACAGAGACUCUUCACACAAGUCCCACUCCACAGUGCUCAGUCACGUCACCACACAAAGCACAAGAGAGUUCAGAUCAGGUCGCAGAAAAUGACCAAACCAACAGCUCUGCCCCUCACUAACUCUCCUCCCCCGCACUUGGGCGCUCGGGGGCCAGCUGGGCUCAGGAAAGCAGCUGGACCCCGUGCUCCAGGCAGGGACUGGGCUAUUGCAACGCUGAACGGCGCUGCCUGGAAUUGUAGCUGCCCAGAAAAUCCCUGGCACGACGCUGUGAGCCCCCAGCCUGAGUGACGGGGGAUGGGAGUGUCUGGGACAAGCCAGCAGGCCCUGCAGGGAGCUGCCUAAGCUAGCCAGUGGGAAGCGCUCACCAGAGGGGAAUUGUAUGAGGAAUCCAGGCCCCUCUCAUAUCUCAGUUUUGGAUAAUGCUGGUUACUGAUGCUAUGUAUCUUGCAAACUGUUUACAUUGAUACUAGGAACUUCCCAUAACUCAGGCAUGACCACAGAUGUACGGAGCCUUCCUUUGUCAACUGCGCACCCGGAACCUUAUCUGAAAUGUUUGCU